GUUACUGGUUGUACAGUAUAUCCUCCUUUGCAGUUUCUGUACUGAAGUCUUGGAUGAAAACCUUCAUCCUCUAUCAACAGAUGCCGAUUUCAUGCGUUCUCAUUGGAAGUGCCUUCUCGUUUUCCUGUUGACCACACAUUCUAGUUUUAUACAUUUCUGAUACUAAACCAGGUUUCACUCUCUCGUAUGUCUCAGGCUUACAGCCGCCAGCUGUUUCACCAGUAUGAAUAAGAACAAAAAUAAAAUGAUUGAGCGGAUAUUGAAUCACGCCCUGGAGAUCAUCUACCUGCUAACUGGGGAGGAAUACACCGUUGUGAAGAAAAGUUCCCCGCACAGCAGUACUGACUCUCUGACUGGCGAGGUCCCUAUAAAAUGUGAUGAUGUUGCCGUAUAUUUCUCUAUGGAAGAGUGGGAGUAUAUAGAGGGUCACAAAGAGCUGUACAAGGACGCGAUGAUGGGAGCUCGCCAGACAAGCAAAACUCAUGGAAUCCCAGAGCAAAAGAGUAUAGGAAAACACAAGGAUAACGAUUUCAUUCCAAUAAGUGAAGAUGGAAAAGGAGACCUUUGUGAUAGUAUUAAGACGGUGGAAAUACAUUCGGAAAUCUGUGAUGAUGACGUAGACACAGAACUUAUUCUAAGCGUUGAACAAAUAGAGGAAUCGGAUGUCGAGAGUCAAAUGGAAGAUCCGGUGCAAGAACCGCAGAAAAAUAUCAGCUCAAAUUUUUGUGAUCAUCUAAAUGUUGUGAAAAUUCAUAAUGAAAUUGUGACUAAUAACAAUAUGCAGCAUGUAGAAAUCUGUUCCGUCCCAUGCGCAGGUUUUUGUGAUCAGAAUCUAAAUGUUGUAAAAAUUCAUAAUGAAAUUGUGACUAAUAGCAAUAUGCAGCAUGUAGAAAUCUGUUCCGUCCCAUGCGCAGAUACCGUAUCAAAUGGGGACAGCGAAGAUUGUGAAGACGAUAAUUAUAUUCAGCAGGUGGAAAUCAAUUCAGACACUUGUGCAGAUGUCGAUGAUGAAAAUUCAGAUUUUAUAUUAAUAGAGGAGGAAACGGACGAGACCGAUAAUAAUAUUCAGCCACUGGAAAUCCCCACAGACUUCUGCGCAAGUUGGCCAUUGGGGUGGAAUACGCAGGAACGAUAUCCCCUGUGCUUUAGCUCCACGCAUCACGUGACUGAAAAUACAAGCAUUACCCAGAACUUCCAGGGAUUGAACCAUCUUAAUGCAAACACGCAAAGCUGCAAUCUAAAAACAUCUUUUCAGUUAAUGGCUUCUAACUCAGACUUACAUGAAGAAACUAAUCUCACAGAACAUAUGUAUACAUACAGAGAAAAUACAAGGACGGAAUAUACCGCUAUUCAUAUUAAUGAUACUGCUAAAGAACAGCAAUUCCAUAAAAAUGUUUCGGUAAAGAAAUAUAAUUACAUAGAAUGUGAAGAAAACGUCAACGCUGUGUCUUUGAAAACAAAUGGGCAAUUCAGCUGUAUCGAAUGUCAGAUGUCCUUUACUUCGUACGCAGAUCUAUCUACGCAUCGAAAAAUUCACAAAGAAGUGAAAGUUUUGCCUUGUCCGGAUUGUGGGAAAUGUUACCGGUGGAAAUCGCAGCUUGUUAGACAUAGGAGAAUGCAUACCAGAGAGAAACCAUUUCCGUGUUCUCAAUGUGGAAAAUGUUUUACACAGAAGUCUCAUCUCGCUAAACAUCAGAACAUUCAUUCAGGAAAGAAACCGUUUUCAUGUUCCGAAUGUGGGAAAUGUUUUAGUCAAAAGAUGCUGUUUGACGCUCAUCAACGUGUUCACAGAGGAGAAAAACCAUUCCUUUGUAAUAAAUGUGGGAAGGGAUUUAAUCAGAGGUCACAUUUUCUUAGACAUAGGAAGAUACACAGAAACCCAUAAGUGUUUUGCUUCAAUAUUUUAAUUGUGGAAGGAUUUAUAAAAGAGUGAAAUAUUGAUCUAUUUUCAAACAGGUUGCGUGAAGCUUCUUACAGUUAUGUUUCCACAAGCAAAUUAUCUUGUCUUACCAUUAAUCAUUCACCAACUGAAAGCUUGUUCUUCUUGUCAAUGGAUAUGAACCUCAGCGGCUCCCCUCACGUGUAUAAAAGGUCUCAUUCAACAAUUCAAAGGUUUUUUUUUCUGUUCUGCAAGACUGGAUGGACUGGGUUGAUUUAUUUAUUUUACAAACUUUUUAUUUUGUUUGUUUGUUUAACAGGGACACUAUUUUUUUUAAUUAAUGCAGUGCAUUAUUAAUAUUGCAGUACUUAGAGAUGGUCACUACUUACAGUGUUAAAUGUUGAUACAAGAUAAUAUUUAGCAACUCCACUGGUGCUUUUUUACUCACUUGCCCAGUAUCUUUUUUAUUUAUUUUUUCCUUGUUUUGGGGGUGGGGUAUCUCAUCAGAUGCCGCACCACCUACCUCUUUGAAGUUAAAGAAAGUGUAUUCACACAAUUUUUUGUCGUUUUGCUUAGUAGCUGGAGAAGAGUAUGCACAAUCUGGUGCUGUUACUUACUUUUAAUGGGGUUGGAAAUAUGACACCAGAUUUACUGUAGCGCACACCAAUACAUAUGUGAAAUAAAAGCCUUUAUAAGAUGGCAAUUCUGUGAAAACGCUUCUAUGGAGGAUCUAAUUCUUAACGCAAAUUCUAACAAUCCCACUGUUGCUCACCUGGUUAAUUUGAGUAAUGUUUAUGCACUGUGAAAGGGGUAUUUGUCUCAUUAUUCUCAUAUAUUAUAAGAUAGAGCUUUAUAAUAUAAGAGCAGCACCUAGAAUUUUCGUUCUGACGCUUAUAUAAUAAUUUAGAUCCUUCUUUAUAUAUUUUACAUAUGUGCAUUCUGGCUUUUACAAUAACUGUAUAGGUAGCGCCUCAAUAUUUUUGUUCACUUUUAAAUUUGAAAUAAAUUUGUCACUUUGUUUAAUUUGA